UCCUGUUCUUAAAUGAGUACCUGUGCCACUGCUCGACCCACCUGUGUGCGUGUGUCUUGUUUGCGUGUGAGCGUCCGUGUGUGUUUUCGCGAGCGUUCGUCCCUCUCAGGCGUGGACUAACGGAUCCUUCCUCAGGUGGACUCCCGCUACUCGCACCCUUCGGCGGAGGGAGAAGCUCAGGUGAGCCUUGAGGACGACCAGGGACCAGGCGCCGAGUUCCAGGCCAACAUGCCCCGAGCCUUCCUCGUGAAAAAGGCUAACGUUUCGCCGGGAAAGCGGAACUGGAGCGAAGUCCCGGACGACGAACGAGGAGACGUCUACAUCCCAGUAACCAUCUUCCCCUCGUCCAUCCUGAUGAUGGAGGAUGAAGCCAGUCCGGCUGAGGCGGCGCCGCUCUGCCUGACCAAGCAGUCUGCCCCCGAGUGCCUCUCGCAUGCCCAGCUGCCAUCCUGCACGGUGCUGGGUCGCCCGCAGAGCCCGGCGCCGAUGGCGGAUGAGAGUUCAGAGGUCAGCAUCAGGUCACAGGGAAGCUCAUCGUUUGUCCGCUCCAAAAUGAAGGUGACGACUGGCGAAUUGCCUCACGAUCCUCUUCCUACAUCGCCAUCCCUGACAGUGCCGCACGCCACGCUGAUGUCCAUUGCCAUGACGACGGCCCCCACUCCCAUUAAAUUCAGCUCCUCUGUGAUCCGGUCGUCAAGCGGGCUGACGCCGCCGUUUGUUUGUCAGAUUUGCCAGAAGACAUUCCAGUACCAGCGGAUGUUAAACAGACACAUGAAGUGUCACAACGAGACCAAGCGUCACCUAUGCAGCUUCUGCGGCAAAGGAUUCAACGACACCUUUGACCUGAAGAGACACGUGCGCACGCACACAGGAGUGCGGCCGUACAAGUGCGAGCUGUGCGACAAGGCCUUCACGCAGCGCUGCUCGUUGGAGUCACACAUGAAGAAGAUCCACAGCGUCACGCUCAAGUACGCCUAUAAGGAGCGCCGCAACAAGCUGUACGUGUGCGAGGAGUGCGGCCACACGGCAGCGACACAGGAUGAGCUCUUACUGCACCUCCACUCGCUGCACCCUGACAGCACCCUCUUGAAGGGGAAGGGAGGCCGGCGAGUUGGGAGCUCAGGAGCACCGGGAUUGAUGGGAGAACUGGAAUCCACACCGGGUUCACCACAAGGGGCGGAUAGUGACGACACAACAGGAUCAUCCGGCCAGUGAAAAAAGGGAAAACCUUACUGACUUGUACGUGGGAUUGUGAUGGGACUGCUAACCUGCUUUUCUUGCUUUUACUGCAUGGUGGCCUUCUGUAAAGCAAAAUAGGACGUGGCUAUUCAUUGGUUCAUUAAAAGGAGUA